UGCUUGUUAUGUGAAUAUGUUAUAACCAGACUGCGCUUCGAUUCCCUUUCAGUCCGGCAUGGAGGAGCGUCAGCGGAGCGGGGAUAAAGCGUGCGAAGGAGCGGAAACGGGGAGGCGGAUGUGAAGCGGUCCAGCCAAAUAAAUAAGAUAUGAACACGUCUUUCCACCCAGCCUGGCAACAUCACCGAGAAGUGAACGGCGCCGCGGAGAGGACGAGGCGGCAACCAUGAUUUAGACGCCGGGAUUGACAAAAACAAAAGCGGACGUUUUCGACGGGAGGUUUCGCUUCGACCGCAGGUUGGGACUACCGAGAGGCGGCGGCGCUGCGCACGGGCUCUGGAGCGCCGGAUCCCGCUUGGAAGCCGAUGAAGAGUCGGUGGUACCCGGGCCGUCGUCCAUGAUCAAGCGGCUUCUGGGAUCUGUUUGGGAUGUGGAGGGAGCUGUAAACGACGUUUAAAUCACCGCAGCAAAGGUGUCCAACCUCCCUCCACCCCUCUCCCCCCUGUGGACCAUAGGAACGCCCCGUCAUCACCCCCUCCUCCCCGGAAAGACCAGCGGAAGGAUUCCCGGAUCGCCUUUCAUCCCUAAUUCCUCGUCUCUCUCUGCCCAUCGCUCACCUCCCUCGCUUCCCUGUGUCGUAAUGGGUACCUGGAUGAUAUACAAAAUACCUUAGUGCCCUGAAGCAAGGCAUUGCUGUGCUGUUGACACAUUUGUCAAGAUGGCAAGAGGGAUAAAUCGACACCAGCGACAUUCACAGUGGAAACGUGACUGAUCUGAGAGGGAGAAAAGGGGAAAAAAGAGCGAUAGAAGGUUCAGCUAUGGUUCAAACUGCCUCACGAAUGAUUGACAGCUAGUGGAACGUGGGACCUCCAGUGGGGCCAUUUUUUUUACUUCAACUGCCAGCCAUUCAUAGCUUCUGCAGUUUGGUCAAGCGGGGGCACCCUCAAGCUAAAGUACUUGCAUCUCUCCUUCCCUUCUUUCCUCUUCCCUAACUUCCUUCCCCCUUCCUUUUUGUUUUCUUUGGCCCACCCACCUGGCCUCCACCAUUCGCCCCUCCCUCACAACGGCCGUCCUCCCCCCUCGCCCCCGCCCCCAGUCAUCCCCCUCCUCUGCCCCCUCAUCCCCCCAUCACCAUCAUCAUCACCAUCACCACCAUCCUCACCCUCAGCCCCACUCCCACCACCACCACCAUCACCAUCCCCAGCUCUCCUCCUCUCCCCCUCGCUUCUUGCCCCCUUCCUUCUCCGCCUCCUCUCCCGCGGUAACCAUGGCGUUGGCCGCCACUGCCGCCUCCUCCUCCUCCUCCUCGUCGACCAACGGCAGCGCCCGAGAGCACCUGCUGGCGGUCCGUCGGCGCACCCCGCACACCCGGCCGUACACGAUUGGGCCCGACAACCUCCGCAGCCUGACGGUGCAGGGCGCAGUCGGAGCCUCCACCUCUGCGUCCUCCACCACUAUGUCAUUAGCUAUGUCGUCUGGGAGCCAACCGGAAGCAGCAGGGGUGGGGCUCCAGCGCGCCAAUAGUGACACGGACCUGGUGACGUCGGACAGCCGCUCGUCACUCACGGCGUCUACGUACCAGCUGACUCUAGGCCACAGCCACCUGGUCAUCUCCUGGGACAUCAAGGAGGAAGUGGAUGCCACUGACUGGAUUGGCCUGUACCACAUCGAUGAGACGUGUGUGGCCAAUGUGUGGGACUCCAAGAAUCGCGGCGUGAACGGCACCCAGAGGGGUCAGAUCGUGUGGAGACUGGAGCCGGGACCCUACUUCAUGGAGCCGGAGACUAAGGUGUGCUUUAAAUACUAUCAUGGCGUAAGUGGAGCAUUAAGAGCAACGACACCUUGCAUCACCGUCAAGAACCCUGGCGUACCGGUGGGCAGUGAAGGCCAAGUGGAGGACCAAUCAGGGACCGAGCAUUGUCGGAAACUAGUCAGCUUCACCCUAUCAGACAUCCGGGCUGUGGGCCUGAAGAAGGGCAUGUUCUUCAACCCCGACCCCUACCUGAAGAUGUCCAUCCGGCCCGGGAAGAGGAGCGGCCUCCCAAAGUUCACCCACCAUGGCCAGGAGAGGCGCUCCUCCAUCAUAGCCAACACCAUCAACCCUGUGUGGCAUGGGGAGAAAUACACCUUUGUGGCUCUGAUGACGGACGUGUUGGAGAUCGAGGUGAAGGAUAAGUUUGCCAAGAGCAGACCAAUCAUCAAGCGGUUUCUGGGUCAGCUGAUCAUCCCUGUGCAGAGACUCCUGGAGGGGCCAACAGCUGACGACCAGCCAGUCAGCUACAGCCUGUGUCGUCGUCUUCCUACGGACCACGUGAGCGGGCAGCUUCUGUUCAGGGUGGAUAUCACCUCCACUGGACAAGAAGAAGCUUCCCCAGACGCUGUGGGAACCAUCUUGGGAGGCGCAGUGAACGGUGAUCCCGGCAGUCCCUCCGACGACGAAGACCUCCCUCACCCAUCCUCAUCUUCGCGCGUCACAUGUGGACCCUCUCCCACGGGCUCCGAUGAGGGCUCCAUGAUGGGCAACGGUGCUUGUUACUAUGGUGAUGAUAGCGUGUGGCGGGAGCCUGGACAGAUGGGAGAGGAAGAUCUGCUUCCUGUGGCUGUGGGAGGCCACACCCACCGGCAGGUGUCACUCAAUGACUACCUGGAUGCCAUCGAGACGCCCAGGAGCCCCGGGGACCGGCCUCUGGUGGGACCUUCGCCAAAACUCCGCUCCAGCUUUCCAACGGACACGCGGCUCAAUGCCAUGCUGCACAUAGACUCAGAUGAGGAUGAGGAGAUGGCGGGGCAACACAGGGAGCAAUCGCAGGAGGCGAGGACACAGCAGAGCACAGACUUAUCAGGGACAUCGGCGACAUCUGAGGUUCAACAGGGGAGCGAGGGUUCAGAGGCAGAGCCACAGGGGCAGACUGCAGCUGAGACUGGCGCUGGGGCCACAACAGAGACCAGUUCCUCUGCUAGAGCUCAGACUGGGACUGAGCCUGCAGGGGCCGAACAUGGAGAUGCAGAAGGUGCAGCCGGAGACAAUGAACAGGCAGAAACAUCAAGCGGUGCUGAGACAGCAGCUGCGACCACGGAGGUCGCCGAAGCAUCGGCUGAGGCUGCACACAUCACUGGAGAAACCCCCACAGCUCCCAGCUCCUCUCAGGCAUCAGGAGCCGAGGCAGCCGUGGCAGCACCCGGGCUGGGCGAGUCUGUGGAGGAGUGUACCUGCCAGGAGCAGACCAGCAGAGCGGGUGCAAACCAGGAAGUACCCUGCAAUUCCUCAUUUGGUCCACUUUCACCCAUUCAGGAGGUGGAGAUUAGAAAAGAAGUAGCUCCAAAGGCGGAGGAGGAAGGGGCGGAGUCAUCGAGCAGCGAGGCGAACGGGCCAAUCGCAGCAGCUGCUUCCACGAGCAGCAACAUAACUGACAGAGAAGGAGAGACAUCAGAGGGUGGAGCCAGAGCCAGCAGUGGGGAGGGGGAGGAGGCAGGGGAGGUGUGGAGGAGGAGGCAGUCCAUGCAGGCCUCUGGAGGCGUGGCCCAAAGCCAGGAGGUGUCCGGGGCCAGACAGAGUUCAAACGGGACAGCGGGGGUGGAGAGAGAGGCGGGUGCCACAGCUCAGGUCAAUGGCCACCAGUCUGUUCGCUCCCUGCCAUCUGUCCGCCAUGACAUCAGUCGUUACCAGAGAGUGGACGAGCUGCUACCACCUAACUGGGAGGCCCGUAUCGACAGCCACGGUCGCAUCUUUUAUGUGGACCACGUGAACAGAACCACAACUUGGCAGCGUCCCACCGCUCCCCCCGCCCCACAGACCCUCCAGAGGUCCGACUCCAUACAGCAGAUGGAGCAGCUGAACCGCAGGUAUCAGAGUAUACGCAGAACGAUAACCAAUGACAGCAGACCAGAGGAGCAGCCAGCCAAUGAGCUGCCGCCGGAUGAGACCGACAUGCACCCCUCCAUCCCAGAGCUGCGGAGGGACAACAGUGUGGCUCAAUCCAGUUCCAGGUCUCGUCUCACCCUGCUGCUCCAGUCCCCCAGCGCAAAGUUCCUCACCAGCCCUGACUUCUUCACUGUGCUGCAUUCCAACCCUAGUGCCUACCGUAUGUUCACCACCAACACGUGUCUGAAGCAUAUGAUCAGUAAGGUUCGUCGGGAUGCUCACCACUUCGAGCGCUACCAGCACAACAGGGACCUGGUGGCCUUCCUCAACAUGUUCGCCAACAAACAGCUGGAGCUGCCCAGAGGCUGGGAGAUGAAGCACGACCACACCGGCAAGCCUUUCUUCGUGGACCAUAACUGCCGUGCCACCACCUUCAUCGACCCCCGGCUGCCUCUCCAGAGCACUCGGCCCCCGAGCCUCCUGGCUCACCGCCAACACCUGACCCGCCAACGCAGCCACAGUGCUGGGGAGGUCAGCCCACGACGACUGGUGGGUGAAGACCCUCGUCACGCCGGCCCACCCGUCGUGCCACGGCCUUCCAGCACCUUCAGCUCUGCCAACAGGGGGCAGUGCCAAGAUGUCGUGCCAGUGGCUUACAACGACAAGAUUGUGGCGUUUCUGCGACAGCCAAACAUCUUUGAGAUUUUGCAGGAGAGACAGCCCGACUUCAGCCGGAACCAUUCACUCAGGGAGAAGGUGCAGCUGAUCCGCACAGAUGGAGGGUCAGGAUUGGCCAGGCUGUCAGGUGAUGCUGACCUUGUCAUGCUGCUAAGUCUGUUUGAAGAUGAAGUAAUGUCCUACGUGCCUCCUCACGCCUUACUUCACCCCAGCUACUGUCAGUCACCUCGGGGAUCACCUGUCUCCUCGCCACAGAACUCGCCUGGUACUCAGAGGGCCAACGCCAGAGCCCCAGCACCCUACAAGAGAGACUUUGAGGCCAAACUGCGCAACUUCUUCAGGAAACUGGAAACUAAAGGCUACGGCCAAGGACCAGGGAAGCUGAAGUUGAUCAUCCGCCGUGACCACCUGCUAGAAGACGCCUUCAACCAGAUCAUGUGCUACUCCCGUAAAGACCUGCAGCGCAGCAAGCUCUACGUCAGCUUUGUGGGGGAGGAGGGGUUGGACUACAGCGGGCCUUCCCGAGAGUUCUUCUUCUUGGUUUCCAGGGAGCUUUUCAACCCUUACUAUGGUCUGUUUGAGUACUCUGCCAACGACACCUACACCGUCCAGAUCAGCCCCAUGUCCGCCUUCGUGGACAAUCACCAUGAAUGGUUCCGGUUCAGCGGUCGUAUUUUGGGACUGGCUCUGAUCCACCAGUACCUGCUGGAUGCCUUCUUCACCAGACCCUUUUAUAAGGGCCUGCUGCGCAUUCCCUGUGACCUGAGCGACCUGGAGUACCUGGAUGAGGAGUUUCACCAGUCGCUUCAGUGGAUGAAGGACAACGACAUAGAAGACAUGCUGGACCUCACCUUCACCGUCAACGAGGAAGUCUUUGGACAGAUAACAGAAAGGGAGCUGAAGCCAGGAGGAGCCAACAUCCCCGUCUCUGAGAAGAACAAGAAGGAAUACAUCGAGCGGAUGGUCAAGUGGAGGAUCGAAAGAGGAGUGGUACAGCAGACGGAGAGCCUGGUCAGAGGCUUCUACGAGGUGGUGGACGCCAGGCUGGUGUCAGUAUUUGAUGCCAGAGAGCUGGAGCUGGUGAUCGCCGGGACAGCAGAGAUCGACUUGUCAGACUGGAGGAACAACACGGAGUACAGAGGAGGUUACCAUGACAACCAUAUUGUGAUCCGGUGGUUCUGGGCAGCAGUGGAGAGGUUCAACAAUGAGCAGAGGCUGCGGCUCCUGCAGUUUGUGACCGGCACAUCCAGCAUCCCUUACGAGGGCUUUGCGUCUCUGCGAGGCAGCAACGGACCACGCAGGUUCUGUGUGGAGAAAUGGGGGAAGGUCACCUCACUGCCCAGAGCUCACACCUGUUUCAACCGGUUGGACCUGCCGCCGUACCCAUCCUUCUCGAUGCUGUAUGAGAAGAUGCUAACUGCUGUGGAGGAGACCAGUACCUUUGGGCUGGAAUGAGACCCUCUUCUCAACAGCUAGCUGAAGAGAGGAAGCUGUGAUGGGCUGUAAGGUUCAAAAAGCUGGAUUUAAAGUCCCAUUUAUGGUUUGUGUUUAAUUUCUAAUGGGUUAUGUUUCAUAACAGAGGCUGAUAAGACCUGUGAACCAUCGGUAAACAGCUGUUUUUUGUUGCACCUGCACGAAUUUCACACAUACACUCUCACCUGUGUCAUGUGACGAACGAGGACCUUCACUGCCUUUGGGACCAGAAUCAUAGCUGCCAGGGUUUGAUCGAUCGGUGACUGGGAUUUUUCUUUUUCUUUUUUUUGUUCCUUGUUGUCACUUUCACUUUGAUACCACGAGGUUAAAGUUUAAGAAACACAUCAAAGAAGAAGCAACCACUGCCUUCUCUUCAAGCUGAGUAGACUCAGCCUCUUGUUUUCUAGUUUGGAUGGACCUCAAAGGAUUAAAAGGCCUGUCCAGAACUGUUCACUGACGCCCUCGUUGUAGUACAGCGUCUCCUUGUGGCCUGUUGUAGUGACUGCACUCGUGUAGAUGGUGCAUUUGUUUCUCAAAGCCUUUCAAGGACUCCCUGGGGUGACUUUUGGUAAAGUUUGUGGGAUUUUCCACUGAACUUCGACGGCUGGUUUUGGAGACCCAGAACAGAAGCUUUGCUAUUGUUGUUACAGUAUUUUCAUCUACAAGAAGAAGUGAUUUUCUAAUGAUGUGGCAGUGACAUGUUGUGAUUAGAAUGUAACUAACUUUAUAAUGUAGAUAGUGGGGGGAGUGUUUUUUUGUUUCCUUUUGAUCUGGAUCAAUUGGCAAAAAAUAUGUGGCCACCACUCGAGGUAAUAAUGUGUUGAUGAGUAAAUGAAGUUACAUACAGUGUGUAACCAUAUCCAUUCACUUUGAUUGUAUUUGACUGAUCUGAAACUAGCUUUGAUACAGUUCUAUUCUCUAAAAUUUGUUUAAAGUUGUCUACACUCAAGAGGUGUAUAUUGGAAAAAAACAACUGUAUAUCCAAAUAGACAAAGUCAAUGAAAUGUCCACACAGCAGUGGUGGAUCUAGAAAACUUUACAUGGGGUGGCACAGGGUUGAAAACACUAAACACAUCCUUUUUAUUUUCUCUCAGCAGUCCAAUCCGGCUACUCUGACCUCCAGGAGUCAGAAUGGAAACAGAUUUCUUGGUUAAAUACACAUUUUUAAUUGCCAAUAUGCUCCAAUCAAUCAGUGAAUAUUUAACAUGAAGUGAUUUUCAGACCCAGUGCAGCUAAAACACUUCCAGUCUGCCUGUGUGCAGACUCCCGUGCACACAUUCAUUUGUUAAUUAAAUAAAUAAAAACAACCCGUCCUCUGACACCACAGGUAUGAAGCUAUGGUCCCCAGCAGACCUUUAAUGAAUUGCCAUGUUGUAAAUUUCAUGGCAAUCCACUGAGAGAUUUCAGUCUGGACCAGGGCUGCAACAAUCAGCUGAUUAAUUGAUUAAAAAUUAAUCAUGUUUGUCCAAAACAGACACAAAUCUGACUAAGACAGCAGAUUUAGUUAACACUAAUUAGGUGAAAUAAGGUCAAAGACACUGGGGUAUAAUGUAACUUUCUCAAUGCUUUUAUUCCUUCAAACAGAAACAAAUCAAUCAAUCAAAUCAAAUAUAUAUGUUGCAUUUCCUUUUUAUUCUCAGUGCGUGGCAUCCCCAGUGUCCAGUGUUUUAAUUAAAUUUUUGAUUAUUGUAGUGGCCUUAUCUGCACUUGCCUUACUAUGUUUUGAGUACAAAGAGUACAAUAAAACAAAGAAUUAACUUUGUUCUCUAAAAUGCUGGAAAUGAUCAGAUAAAAAGCAAAAAGCUCCAUUUUAUUAAGCAUCUAUGACUCAAAGUAAUAAAAUCGGCAGAUUAAUCAGGUAUCAUUAUCGUCGUCAGUUGCAGCUCCAGUCUGGACCGAACUCCACGAACGUUGCUGUUUCUACAACAGUGGACAUGCUCUGAUUCUGAACCCCGUGCCUUCCUCUAGAUCCACCCCUGCUACACACAGCCACACCACAACGGAAAAAUACGACCAAGCUUGACACCGAGCUGCUGGUAUCAAAAACACAAUUAGUCCAUCAGAGUUUAAGCUGCCACGUCACGUUAAUGAUGGCUCAGACGUCUCAGUAAUACAUCAACCAGCGUAUUUGCUGUUGCUCAUUAGAUGAAUACAUCUUCUUUUCAUUAUUAUUGGCUCUUUGUCACCUCACACACGAUGAGUAGAAGCUCCCAGAAGAGCUCUAAAUGUUGGGAGUUUUGUCGUUGCUCUUUUUACACUUACGCUGUUGACCACUUGUGUAUUUGUACAGCCGUAUUUGAUUACACUUGCUGUAUGCAAACUCUUCGAAAUGUCUUUUUCUGACAUGAAGCGUUGACACCGUUGAAUAGUUGCUAUAGAUUUGCACUCUGUCAUUUCAACAUUGAUUGAACUGUAUCAGCUAAAUGUUAAUGUUUAUGUUAAUUUAAUCAGGUUGUUGAGUGCAGUUCACACGGAGAGCUCGAAGCAGGCGCACAGUUCAAAACAUACAGUCCUCAUCAUAGAGAAGCAUGAACAUUUUCUAUAAAACCCAUUCUGCAGGAGCUUGCAGUGAAUCUUUUCUCUUUUGUACAUUGAGAUACUUGUUACCGUCCUGUUCACUCACAUUGUCCCCCUCCGCACUAUGAAUGUAAGCACGCCUUGAACUGCCACACUGAAAUACAACUGUCCACACGCAGGCCUACAACACCGACAAGUCCACCACAGAGUUCCUGAGCUAACACAACCCCCUCUGAAUCCCUCAUUUCCUACACAUGGCAAAUAUAUAUGAAUACAUGGAAGCACAUUUCUGCCCAGAAAACAAACAAACGAAAGAAUGCAUGAAAACGUAUGUUAAAUAAAAACAGAAAUGCUCAAUGCAAAGUCCAGAUGUUGGCUUACGAAGUCAACAUUAUGAGAUCCUUAAACCAAACUUUUGACUUACUGUCUCACAAAGCUGAUUUAGGAAGGCAAAAUUUAGACUUAACAUCUCAUUUUGACUUCACUCAUGUUUUUGAAUUAGUAAAUCAAAAUUACUGUCUUGUAAUCAGCGCUGCUUAAUUUUGACAUAUUGUCUAUAUCAAAAUUUGUUGAUUUAAGUCCAGAUUUUUCCUCUUAUUCCUGAUUUUACGCUUGCACAUAAUUUUGAUUUCAUGUCUCAUACUUUGUAUCUGAGGAUACUUUGUCUUUUACGUCACGUUAAUGAUGGCUCAGACGUCUCAGUAAUACAUCAACCAGCGUAUUUGCUGUUGCUCAUUAGAUGAAUACAUCUUCUUUUCAUUAUUAUUGGCUCUUUGUCACCUCACACACGAUGAGUAGAAGCUCCCAGAAGAGCUCUAAAUGUUGGGAGUUUUGUCGUUGCUCUUUUUACACUUACGCUGUUGACCACUUGUGUAUUUGUACAGCCGUAUUUGAUUACACUUGCUGUAUGCAAACUCUUCGAAAUGUCUUUUUCUGACAUGAAGCGUUGACACCGUUGAAUAGUUGCUAUAGAUUUGCACUCUGUCAUUUCAACAUUGAUUGAACUGUAUCAGCUAAAUGUUAAUGUUUAUGUUAAUUUAAUCAGGUUGUUGAGUGCAGUUCACACGGAGAGCUCGAAGCAGGCGCACAGUUCAAAACAUACAGUCCUCAUCAUAGAGAAGCAUGAACAUUUUCUAUAAAACCCAUUCUGCAGGAGCUUGCAGUGAAUCUUUUCUCUUUUGUACAUUGAGAUACUUGUUACCGUCCUGUUCACUCACAUUGUCCCCCUCCGCACUAUGAAUGUAAGCACGCCUUGAACUGCCACACUGAAAUACAACUGUCCACACGCAGGCCUACAACACCGACAAGUCCACCACAGAGUUCCUGAGCUAACACAACCCCCUCUGAAUCCCUCAUUUCCUACACAUGGCAAAUAUAUAUGAAUACAUGGAAGCACAUUUCUGCCCAGAAAACAAACAAACGAAAGAAUGCAUGAAAACGUAUGUUAAAUAAAAACAGAAAUGCUCAAUGCAAAGUCCAGAUGUUGGCUUACGAAGUCAACAUUAUGAGAUCCUUAAACCAAACUUUUGACUUACUGUCUCACAAAGCUGAUUUAGGAAGGCAAAAUUUAGACUUAACAUCUCAUUUUGACUUCACUCAUGUUUUUGAAUUAGUAAAUCAAAAUUACUGUCUUGUAAUCAGCGCUGCUUAAUUUUGACAUAUUGUCUAUAUCAAAAUUUGUUGAUUUAAGUCCAGAUUUUUCCUCUUAUUCCUGAUUUUACGCUUGCACAUAAUUUUGAUUUCAUGUCUCAUACUUUGUAUCUGAGGAUACUUUGUCUUUUAUUGGGGAUAACUUUUUUUUUCUUUUCCUGGCAGAAAUUGGCUUCCAUACAACCAAAGUUACUGCAGACAGACUGCUGUAGACUCUUUUUAUGAGUGAUAAUGGUACAAAAUACUACUUUAAAACCUAAACGGUGCAUUUUAUGCAAAGUUUGGGGGGGUACAUUUGAAACUGAUCAUGUUGUCAAUUUUUUUAAAACAGAUUUUGAUAAAUCUUGGACCUACUGUUUUCCUUGUUUACUCUUUUAAAGAAUGUACUAAUAAUCCAGAAUAUAAUCUAACAUUUCUGUGUGAAGUUGACACCUGGGUAGGAACAUGGGUAAAUUUUCAUGUGCUCAUUGAUCUUAAUGCGAAUAGAAUAAACAAUGAUAUUCUUUCCCUCACUGAAUGCACUGCCCUCCCUCUGUCUAUCCAGAAUGUACCAAAGUUUAGAGCCUCAGUCGGCUGCCUCACGUCUAACAGCCUGCCACUCUUUCUGUACAGUUCACCUCACUUUAAAUAUGAAUGUUUGUCGGCACUCUAAUCCUAAAAUAAAAUGUCAUCUCUCUAUGCAAGCUGUUUCUUCUCCUUUCCCUGUCACUUUGACUGGAAUCGACCAAACAG